GGUUACCAUAGCGACGGGGAGGUUGGGUGGGACAGAUUCAGCGCCCGCACCCGACCAGGUAGGAGGCAGUUUCGGUUGAGACCGGGUUCCUGAGGGUCUGGAGAGGAGGAUUCGGCGCACCACAUGGGUGCUUAGAAGAACAUGCGAUAGAGGUUUGCAUCCAGCACAUGGGAUGCAUCGCAGAAUUCUGCAGACAUGGACAAGCCUGAGCAGAAAGACAGACGCCGUGGCCGCUUUGCCAGCAAAAUACAGAAAGGUUUCACUGCGGCAUAUCCAACGCAAUCCUCCAUUCCGUAUAAGUUACAAACAUCAGUAAUUCCAGAGUCAGAAAAGAAAGGAUUUAAUAGUCAAGCCAGGAGAUUCUACCAUAAAAAGGAUGAUGUCCCAGGUCCUGGGUUCUACAACAUCACUCACCAGUCUCCAGUGUCCAACAGCGUCUCACUGUCCAAGAAGGGGACGUGCACUUUCCCCUCCAUGAGCGCCCGCCUGGGCCCCAUCACUUCUAAGUACCCCGCAGCGAAUGCAUAUACCAUCCCCUCAGAGUUUAUUUCCAAGAAAGACUUCAGUACUUCCUGCUCCAGCAUGUUCCAGUUGCCCAGCUUUGUGAAGGCUCUCAAAUUUGAAACCCCUGCACCCAACCACUACAAUGCUUCCCUCUCCUGCUGCAAACAGAAAAACAAUGUCUCCGCUCGAGCCGGGUUCAUGUCAAAAACCCCGAGAGGAAUUUUCACUGCUCCCGAGAUGGCGCCUCCACCAGGGCAUUACAAUGUCAAUGAAUCUCUUGUGAAACAGUCGCCGAAGAUACUGAUGUCUUGCUUUAAGUCAAAAACCGACCGUGGACUGAAACUAACAUCAACAGGCCCAGGACCCGGAUAUUAUAACCCUGAUGAUCACUCCAAGGCUCCCAAGAAGGCUCUCUUCCCGAAGAAUCCCACACUGACCUUCUCUGCCCCGCCUUUGCCUCUGCCGCCCAAGCCACCGCUGCCUGGCCCCGGGCAAUACGAGAUCGUGGACUAUGCCGGGCCCCCCAAGUACUUCAUCUCCAGUGCAUCGUUUGUGUCCAACACCAGCAGGUGGACUGCCGCGCCAGCCCAGGCGGGCCUGCCCGGGCCAGCUACUUACAGGCCAGAAGUCCCAGGGAAGCAAUCCUUCCUCUACAAUGAAGACAACAAGUGGAUCCCAGCACUGUAAUGAUGCUGCCUGUGAGCUCAAGGAGGACCCUGGUCUUGACCCACACCAUGCAGCCCCCAGGACACUUACCUGGAGGGACUGUGUGACCGCUCGGUCACUGCAGCCCCAAGCAACAGUGGAGCUGAGGUCCUUGGCCUUGUCUUGAGCUGCUUCCUGCAAAUCACACACACACACACACACACACACACACACGCACACCCCUUCAGUGAUUUCCUGAGCAAAAAUGAGGAGUGGCCAGAGCUCCCCCAUGCACCUGCUGCCUUCUGGUUCAACUCCCCUCCAUAGACUUCACGGCUCCUGGGCGCACACUUCAAGCAGGGGAACCGAGGCACCGCACAGGCAGCCAGCAGCCAACUCUGCACCUUGAAGUCUGGUGCCCUGGCUCUGGGCCCCAGGGCCUGGCAUUUUCUAUCACAAUGGACAGUGGCGGCUAGGGCCCAGCUUGGUGGGCCUGGCCUCCUGGCCUUGGCUUCCAUGACCUGGAAGGGCCAGAGGCUCCUCAAAGUUCAAUGGUAUUACCAGGGCCUCUGCACCCAACUGGGUCUCCAGUCUCACCUGCAGGUAGCACACUGAAGUGGUCACGUGACAUUUUUGCUAAUUACCUGCCUCUAGAGGGAUGGCCAUGUCCAUUUCGUUGACUCUGCAUUUGGCAGCAGGUGAACAGGACCCUGUUGGAGCCAUAGCCCCUGGUUCCCACUACCCCCAACCUGCCCGUGUCUGGGGCCUACAUCCCUGCCCUGAUCCCUGCUCCAACGUCAGAGGAAGCUUGCUGACCACAUCUGAUAUACUUCUUUUAAGGGUCUCUCUGGCCAGCCAUGUCUCUUCCCCUCAGCCAAAGGAAGAGACUCUCAAAGAAUAAAGCUGAAAUGGAAUGGAGCAUGCAUCACCA